AUGGAGACUGUGCUGUAUUCCAGCGAGGAACUCAAGGACGAUGAGCUGAUAUUGGGCGUACCAGACAUGAUUGCACUGGGUAUCUUCGAUGCAUGUAAGUGCCAGUUCCAUGUGGAGAGCUGUUACAAGGUCAAUGCGGUGUCACUGGUGGAGGAGAAGUCAGACCAAGACUUGUUGGCGGUUGCGAAGCAACUGAUAACAGAUAUGACGUCUCAUCUGGAAGGUGUUGUUAGAGAGAGGCUUUGGGGUUUGUUACAAAAACAUUCGAAGUGUUGGUUGCGGCCAAGGACAGGCAGAACACGGCAUAGCGUGGAGUUCGAAGUAGACGGGAAGCCGGUGAAGCAUACGUUGAAGCCGUUAAGACCAGAAUUACGAGAGGAACUAGAUAAGCAGAUAGACGACAUGUUGAGCAUGGGUGUGAUACAACCUAGUAAUUCCUCGUGGGGAGCGAGACCGGUGUUUGUACGUAAGAAAACUGGUGAGUGGAGAAUCUGUAUCGACUACCGAGCGUUGAACAAGGGGAUGACGUUGAAGGCCUACCCGAUACCGUUGCUGUGGGAGCAACUGCAGGUAGCGGCCGGUCACAAGUAUUAUGUGUGUCUAGACUGUAAUCAUGGCUUUUGGAAUGUACCCCAGGGUGAAUACGUGAAGCAGGAAGCAAAGCUGUUAGGGUUCAUUGUAAGCGAGGAAGGCAUCAAGCCGGACCCGAAGAAGGUGGCGGACCUGAUGAGAGUGGAAGCUCCAGUUGCUGGCAUGAUUGACUUGCUCAAAAAGAAGACUGAGUUUGUUUGGAGUGAGGCACGAGAGGAGGAGUUCCAGAGUAUCAAGAAGUCGGUGGCCGAGUGUGUGUUGCUAGCCGCGCCGGCAGACAUUGGAGAGUUCGUGCUAACGACGGACGCCAGUGAUCGGGCGAUAGCGCCAUGCUAG